AUGGCCGCAACACUGAACGGCGCUUCGCCGUCGCCAGUCACCGCCGCAUUCAUGUCGCGCAACACCUCCUCCCCGCUCCCCGACCUCGCCUCCCUCCCCUCCGACUUUCUUGACCAUCUCCUCCUCAUCACACAGACUCUGGUCAACUCAAAACCUCCCCCCGCCGUCCUCCGCGCCAUGUCUCGCGAUCCCACUCGCAAAAAUGAAAACGGCGCGCAUCGCAAAUCCAACGGCAACGACCUCGCAGACGACGUCGCUUCCAUCGACCUCGACGAGCCGGAUAACAAGCUCGACGGCACCGUCAGCUUGCCUCUCCCCCAAUUCACCUCGCCAAACAGCGACGACCGAACAAGAGCCAUCGAGGAAAACAUUGGCAGGCUCGCAGCCAGGCUGUGGCAGGCAGAGGACCACCUCGACGUCGUCGCUCGCAGCCAAGAGAUCGUUCGCACCCCAGGCGCCGAAGAGGACUCGGCCCAACAGUCGCCAAAGGACCCGCGCAACCUCUUCUUCGGCAAGCCCUUCCCCUACCCUCUUUCCCACGCUCAGCCCCAAAGCUCCAGCUACCCGCUCAGCUAUCCGCUCGGCAUGGGCCUCAACGGUCCCGUCCUCCUCGGCGGACAGGUCUCCCGCACCGACGAUCCCAUCGCCUCCUUCGAACGCUACAACGACGAGAGCGGCCUCUCGGCGCAGGAAGAGCUGCGGCUGCUCAAGGCUCAGGUACAGGACAUCGCUCGCGUCUGCAAAGCCGUCGCGUUCGGCGACCUCACACAGCACAUCACCGUCCCCGUCCAAGGUCACGUCAUGGUCGAACUCAAGGACAUCAUCAAUCAGAUGGUCGACCGUCUCUCGCAUUUCGCCGCAGAAGUCACCCGUGUCUCGCUCGAAGUAGGAACCCAAGGCAAACUCGGCGGUCAGGCAGAGGUCCACGGCGUCGAAGGAACCUGGAAGGAGCUCAAGGAUGUCGUCAACCGUCUCGCCGCCAACCUAACCAACCAGGUGCGCGGUGUCGCGCUCGUCACAAAGGCCGUCGCCCGCGGCGACCUCUCCCAGAAGAUCGAAGUCGAGGCAGACGGCGAGAUCCUUGAACUCAAGGUCACCAUCAACGUCAUGGUCGAUCAACUCCGCCACUUUUCCACCGAAGUCACGCGUGUCUCGCGUGAAGUCGGAUCCAAGGGCCAGCUCGGCGGUCAGGCCAACGUGCCCGGCGUACAGGGCGUCUGGAAGGAGCUCACCGACAACGUCAACCGCAUGUGUUCCAACCUCACCGGACAGGUACGCUCCAUCGGCGUCGUCACCACCGCCGUCGCCAAGGGCGACCUCACAAAGACCAUCGACAUCGACGCCGAGGGCGAGAUGGCGCAGCUCAAGGACACCGUCAACUCCAUGGUGGGUCAACUUCGCAUCUUUGCCUCCGAAGUCAUCCGCAUGUCCAUGGAGGUCGGAACCUACGGCAAGCUCGGCGGUCAGGCGCACGUCCCCAACGUCGAGGGCACCUGGAAGGACCUCACCGAAAACGUCAACAAGAUGGCCGACAACCUCACCUCGCAAGUGCGAGAGAUCGCACGUGUUACAAAGUGUGUCGCCGAGGGUGUACUCACCGAGUUCAUCAACGUCGACGUCAAGGGCGAGAUCCUCGACCUCAAGCUCACCGUCAACAACAUGGUGCGUCAACUCAAGACGCUCUCCGACGAGAUCAUCCGUGUCUCGGUAGAGGUCGGCACAGAAGGUCGCCUCGGCGGUCAGGCCAAGGUCAACGACGUCAAGGGUCAGUGGCAGGUGCUCACCGAGCGCGUCAACAUGAUGGCCAGCAACCUCACCACACAGGUCCGGUCCAUCGCCACCGUCACCACCGCCGUCGCCCGCGGCGACCUCAGCAAGACCAUCAACGUGGAGGUGCGCGGCGAGUUCCUCGACCUCAAGUUGACCGUCAACAACAUGGUCGAAUCUCUGCGAACUUUCUCGUUCGAGGUGACGCGAGUCGCCAAGGAGGUCGGUACCGAAGGCAAGCUCGGAGGCCGCGCCACCGUGCUCGGCGUCGGCGGAACCUGGAAGGACCUCACAGACUCGGUGAACACCAUGGCUGCCAAUCUGACGCUUCAGGUGCGAGCCAUUGCACACGCCACCACCGCCGUCGCGCGCGGUGACCUCACCCAAAAGGUCACCAUCCCCGUCUCCGGCGAGAUGCUCGACCUGGUCAACACCAUCAACAACAUGAUUGACCAGCUCAGCUUCUUCGCCUCCGAAGUCACGCGUGUCGCUCGCGAAGUGGGCACCGAGGGCAAGCUCGGCGUGCAGGCCCAAAAGAAGGACAUCGAGGGCACCUGGGGCGAGAUCACGGACAACGUCAACAUCAUGGCCAACAACCUCACCUCGCAGGUGCGUGCCUUUGCCCAGAUCACCGCCGCCGCCACCGACGGCGACUUUACCCGCUUCGUCACCGUCGAGGCGUCCGGUGAGAUGGACUCGCUCAAGACCAAGAUCAACCAGAUGGUCUACAGUCUCCGCGACAGCAUCCAGAAGAACACCGCCGCCAGGGAGGCCGCCGAGCUCGCCAACCGCUCCAAGUCCGAGUUCCUCGCCAACAUGUCGCACGAGAUCCGCACGCCCAUGAACGGCAUCAUCGGCAUGACCGCGCUCACCCUCGAGACCGAGCUGUCGCGCUCGCAGCGCGAGAACCUCGUCACCGUCUCGACGCUCGCCGGCAACCUGCUCGCCAUCAUCGACGACAUCCUCGACAUCUCCAAGAUCGAAGCCGGCCGCAUGAACGUCGAGGAGAUCCCCUUUUCGCUGCGCGGCAUCGUGUUCAGCGUGCUCAAGACGCUCUCGGUGCGUGCGACGCAGAAGAAGCUCAACCUCAUGUACGAGGUGGCGCCCGACUGCCCCGACCCGCUCAUCGGCGAUGCGCUGCGCCUCAAGCAGAUCAUCACCAACCUCAUCGGAAACGCCGUCAAGUUUACCGACGCCGGCGGCCGCGUGGCGCUCAAGUGCAAGCUCUCCAAGAUGAUCAACGGCAACCUCGCCAUGCUCGAGUUCUGCGCCUCGGACUCGGGCAUCGGCAUCAAGCAGGACAAGCUCGACGUCAUCUUUGACACCUUUUGCCAGGCGGACGGCUCCACCACGCGCAAGUACGGCGGCACCGGCCUCGGUCUGUCCAUCUCGCGUCGGCUCGUCAACCUCAUGGGCGGCGACCUGUGGGUGCGCAGCAACUACGGCAAGGGCUCCGACUUUUUCUUCACCAUGGUCGUCAAGCUCGACAAGAUCUCGCCCGACCAGGUCAAGGAGAAGAUCCGACCGUACGCCGGCCGCAACAUCUUCUACCUCGACACGCUGCACGACCGCACCGGCGUGCAGGCCAUGAUCGAGGAUCUCGGUCUCAAGCCCUUCACCGUACACAGCGUCGACGAGGCCUCGCACCGCAAGCGCGGCAUGCCGCGCAUCGACGCCAUCAUUGCCGACUCGCUCGCCGUGGUGGAGGACCUGCGCAACGUCGAGCAUCUGCGCUACAUCCCCAUCAACCUCGUCUCGCCCGCGCAGCUCACGCUCAACCUCACCUACUGCCUCGACCACGGCAUCAGCUCGUACAUCAACACGCCCACCUCGACCGCCGACCUGUACUACGCGCUGCUGCCCUCGCUCGAGAGCUCGGCAGCAACGCCCACCGAGGGCUCCAACGAGGUGACGUACGACAUUUUGUUGGCCGAGGACAAUGUGGUGAACCAGAAGCUGGCGUGCAAGAUCCUCACCAACCAGGGCCACAAGGUCGACGUGGUGGACAAUGGUCACCUCGCCGUGAUGGCGGUCAAGAAGCGCCAGUACGACGUGAUCCUGAUGGACGUCAGCAUGCCCGUCAUGGGGGGUAUCGAGGCGACCAUGGCGAUCCGCGAGUUUGAAAAGACGCUCGGCGACGAGCAGGUGCCCAUUGUGGCGCUCACCGCGCACGCCAUGCUGGGCGACAAGGAGAAGUGUCUGCAGGCCGGCAUGUCGGCGUACGUCAGCAAGCCCAUCCGCAGGGUCGAGCUCAUCAGUACGUUGCACUCGCUGCUCAGCCAGAAGAAGAGCGUGGGCGGGCGCGCGUGA